AGGCAAAUAUCUAGACAACACCACCACCUUAGACUAAAAUAUGGCUGCAAAUAAGUCUUCACGUUUGGGAGUAGUUUUCCCUGUAGGCCUCCCUCUCCUAGUCCUUGCUUGCUUCUUUCCCUGCAGUAGCUGCCACUGUGACGUCGGUGUAAGCAAAAACACUGACGAACACGACGGUGAGGCAGGGGCAGCUAGUGAAGGGAUCAAGGGCAUGUUUGUGUUUGGAAGCUCUUUGGUCGACAAUGGCAACAACAACUUCCUCCCGGACUCACUGGCCAAAGCUGAUUACUUGCCGUACGGAAUCGAUUUUCCUAUCGGGCCUUCUGGGAGAUUUACGAACGGGAAGAAUGUUAUCGACCUUUUCGGCGACCAUCUCAAGCUUCCUUCCUUCGUUCCAGCAUUUGCUGACCCCAAAACUAAGGGAACCAAAAUCCUUCAUGGCGUCAACUUUGCUUCUGGUGCUUCUGGUAUUCUUGAUGAUACUGGUUCUUUAGCGGGGCAUGUGAUAAAUCUGAAUCAGCAAAUCAGAAACUUUGAGGAGGUAACGUUGCCAGAGUUGGAAGCGGAGCUAGGCCGGUGCACAACCUCUCAGUCACUCGAGGACUACUUGUUUGUGGUGGGAACCGGCGGAAACGAUUACUCAUUCAACUACUUCCUGACCACCUCCUCCCGCAACGUCACCCUUGAAACCUUCACUGCCAAUCUCACUGCCUCUUUGUCCACACAACUAAAGAAGUUGCACAGUUUAGGAGCUCGAAAGUUUGUGUUGAUGUCAAUAAAUCCAUUAGGGUGUAGUCCUGUGGUGAGGAUGAGCCGACCAACACAUAAUGGUUGCAUGCAGAAACUGAACCGGGCAGCUCAUCUCUUCAAUACUCACUUGAAGUCGUUGGUUGAUGGUAUGAGGGUACAGAUGCCGGGCUCAUCUCUUGUAUUUGUUAACUCCUACAAGAUCAUUAGAGACAUUAUAAAAAAUCCCAUCUCCAAAGGAUUCAAGGAUGCUAGCACUACUUGUUGUGAAGUGGCAUCAAUAAAUGAAGGAGGGAAUGGAAUUUUGUGCAAAAAGGGAGGGCAAGUGUGCGGAAACAGAAGCAGUCUUGUGUUCUUUGAUGGCUUGCAUCCAACGGAAGCUGUGAACGUUCAAAUAGCAAACAAGGCCUUCGCCUCUUCCCUUAAAACUGAAGUUUAUCCCACCAAUAUUAAGCGAAUGACGACACGCAAUAUGUAAGGUUAUCAUCAGAUCAGACCAGACUCUCCAGAACUUGUAUGAUCUACUACGUGUGAAGUUGGUUACGAAUCUAGUAGGAACUUAAAUACAUAUGAAUCGAAUAGCUCUGUAAUAUGCAGCUAGCUAGGUUGUUUUCUAUUACGUUUCCAAUAAAUGUGUCGAUAAUAUUAUCGACUUUGGCUA